GUUCCGUCGCCAGCGAGACAAUCGCGCAAAACCGCCAGCAAACGCUCCUCGAUCGCCGCGUCCACGGCCUCACUCUCGCGGCGCUCGUCCAGCGUCUCUGCAACCCUCGUGAGCCCUCCCGCCCGACUCCCUGGCUCUUCGACCCCAGACUCCGCCUAAUAAGCGACUCUCCCCGCGUUUUUUUUUCCUGGCCCGCAUUCGAAAGGGCCGAAUAUCGUACAUAGACAUACAUGCCCUCAACCAAGACCUGACCUCGAAUCUUGCCGUCCGCACCCAGGCCAAGCCAGACCAAAGGCCGCCCUAAAUCACCUGGCACUGCACCAGUCGCUGCACGGCGGCCGUAGAAUCGACGCUUUGCUCUGCUUCCCCGCAGAUCGAGAGGAAGCGAUCUCGCUCGACCAACUCGUCCUGGAGGCCGGACCAAUUCCCUGCUUGCCUUUGCCAUAAGGACGACGUCUCCCCAGGCAUCGCGCCGCUUCAGCAUCUCGAAUACCUCCCCCUUCCACACGCGGCUUGUCUCUCGUCUCCCGCCAUCAUGACAUCGGCCGUCAAGCGGGCGUGCGACGCCUGUCACCGGCGCAAGGUCAAGUGCGAUGGCAUCAACCCGUGCCGCAACUGCUCGACCGCCCAGCUCUCAUGCACCUACAAUGCCAUCCCCCAGAAAAAGGGCCCCAAGGGCUCGCGCGCCAAGAUCAUCAGCGAGCUGCGCGAGAACCAGCGCCAGACGAGCCUCGCCGCAAAGGUCCACAACCGCAUCAACAGCGCCGCCGGCACGCCCCCCGACCCGAGCUCUGCGCCCACGCUCGGCAUGCUGACCAGCGACAUGGUCAAGGAAUGCCUCAACUUCUUCUUCGACAACAUGAACGCCCAGGCGCCCAUCCUCGACCGCGGGCUCGUCGAGCAGCAGGUCCUCUACAUGGAGCAGAACCGCGACGCCUACUGCCUGAUGGCUUCCAUGUGUGCCUUUGUCCUGCUGCAGCCCGGCAUGGCCAUGCCCUCCGGAGAGCCCUACAACCUGGAGCUGGUCCCCGGCGCCAACAUUGUCGCUUCCCAGCUCCUGGCCGAAGAGGCGCUGCGAGUCCGCAAGGGAUACGACUACCUGGACCAGAUCACUGCCAACGCCUUGGCGACCAACUACUUCCUCUUUGGCUGCUGCUACGCCCAGGAGAUGCACGAAAAGGCGUGGUUCUAUCUGCGCGAGGCCACCACCAUGAUCCAGAUGGCCGGCAUGAACAUGGAUAGCUACUACCAGGGCUUCGAUGCCGCCGAGGCAGCUCGUCUGCGCCGAAUGUACUGGCUGUUCUUUGUCAUUGAGAGGGCAUAUGCCAUCCAGCGACAACGUCCCCUUAGUCUGCAGGCCACCAUCGCUCUCCCCAGUCCCGCAGAUGACCCCCAUGACCCCUUUGCCCACCAGCUCAGCGGCUUCAUUCUCCUGGUGAACCUCUUCCAGCCAUUUGAUGACGCCUUCACCAAUGCCUGGAACAAGACCCGCAGCCACCUGUCACCCCAGUACAUCAGCAAGCUCCAAAAGGAGCACAACGAGUUGAUCCAGGGCUACAUGUGCCGCGACCCAUCGUGGGACAAUGUUGCCUCCAACCAGGAGUGGCUCAAGAACACGGUGUGGCAGCUGACCAACAGGGUCGUGGGCAACAAUGCCGAGCAGUCCUUUGGCUUCCAGCAUCCCGUCAACAUGUCGAGGGAAAUGCUUAUGAACAUGGCCUCGCAUUUCCCCGGCCAAGGCAUGGAGCUCCUCAAGUCGGGGCUCAUUGAGAAGCUCAUCGAGUGUGCCUACUCCAUGACGGAGUACCUCGGCAUGCAGGCGCCUUCCCGCGACCCCUUUGCCGUGGGACCCCAGCAGUACCUGGCUCAGAUCAUUGCCAUUGUGGCCGCCGCGAGGGGAGACGACUACCGCUUCCUGCCCCUUCUCAUGAGCAAGGUCAGCGAGAUCCUCCCUCGCCUGGUGGAUCCCAUGCUCCGCGACGCUCCCGAGGCGGUCACCAUGGCCAACCUCGACAUCUUUGACGGUUUCGGCAAUGCCGGCAUGGCCCAGCCGCCGCAGAUGCCACUGAUGGAUGCCGACUUUGACCGCAAGUACUCCAUCGAGGAGUACGACAAGAAGUUUGCCAUGGACAUAAAUGGAGGCUUGGAUCCCCACGGCAACCCGAGCUCGACGCCCGUGGCCCGCCAGCCUUCGGAGAUGACCGCGUCCUUUGUCAGCUCCCCGCCGAUGAUGUCUCCCACGUUGGAGUAUCCUCACGGCAUGAACGGCUAUGCCUGCACGCCCAUGCCGGGCAUGGUUAUGAGUCCCAUGGGCAACCAGUCGCAUCAGCACAUGGGCCAACCGUCGCCCAACCAUUGUCCCGACCCCAUGGGCCAACAGCACAUGAACAUGGUGACGCCGCCCAACAUUGCAUCUCCGCAGAGCAUGGUAUCGCCCAACCUGGCGUCGCCGCAGCACAUGGGCGCCGGGCAGAAUAUGCGGCCAGGCAUGCAAUCGAACAUCCACAUGGGCAACAUGGUCAAUAUGCGGCAACCGCCGCAGCGGCAGGGAAGCUUUGCGAUGCCGAGCCAGCCGCAGCAGCAGCACUUUCACAACAUGAAUGCAAUGACGGGCGAGCUCAACUUCAACACACUGCGGUAGCCUCCAUGGCGCCAAGGCUCUUUGCUCGAUUGUUGUAUCAAUACUCUACUCUCUUUUGUGUGGCCUUUUUUCUGUUCCACUUGCAAGCUUGCUUUGCUUCGAUUCUCUGUCCUUAACUUCUUUUGCUUUUGGAACUUUUUUUUUCCUUUCCUACAUUCCCUUUGUUCAAAGAUUUUGACUCGUUUAAACCGAGAUCAAACGUAUGAUGACGACUACUGAACAAAAUGCAAAGGGGCUUUGCUAAUGUUGGGGUUUGGCUUUAAUGGACGGCGUUUUGGGAGGGUUAAUGCAGGCAUUGGGCACACGGGAUUUGGACAGGAUGGGGCGUUGAACCUCUUUGCUUUCCGCUUCGAUUCGUUCUCUGGAGUCUUUCUUUUAAUUGGGACAUGUACAGCUUGGAUACAUGUGGUUGUGGUAGAUUAAGACAUUGAAUGGCUUAUACCUGACUCGUUUCCUGCCA